ACCGACCGCCGACGGAAAGACUCGAGCACCGCCGAAUUUCCUCGCCGUGAUAUUAGCCACAACAAAAAAUUCGUGGUGGUCGCGCAAAAAGUUUUUUCGUACGCUACGUGCUUUUCCGCGUUCUACCUGCGGCAAGGUGUUGGUCGUCAGCCACGUCGUCGCCUCGUCCAGGAUUCGGCGGCCCGUCGACGGCGCGAAACUGCACAAUCACGCAAGAGUUAUAGGGCAAUUCCAGCAUUCACAAUGGCGGGAGAGCAGCAACAGUUUUUUCUCAAAUGGAAUGACUUCCAGUCGAACAUGGUGUCGUCGUUCAAACAUCUGCGAGAUGAGAAAAGCUUCACGGAUGUGACAUUGGCUUGCGAUGGUCAGACUUGCAAAGCGCAUAAAAUGGUCCUGUCCGCCUGUAGUCCUUACUUCAAAUCCUUAUUAGAGGAAAAUCCGUCCAAACAUCCAAUUAUAAUUCUAAAGGACGUUGCGUACAGCCAUCUACAAGCCAUUCUAGAAUUCAUGUAUGCAGGUGAAGUGAACGUUUCGCAAGAUCAGCUGCCAGCAUUUCUCAAAACAGCAGACCGGCUUAAAGUUAAAGGACUAGCUGAAGCUCCCGGUGCCAUUAAGAGAGAAGGUUAAAGAUACGCACGUUAAUACGGUAUUUGAAAAGUGUGUGGACUGAAAAAACAGUGUAAUAAUGUAAAGUGAUCGAGUAAAAUACAUAAAAAAGUAAAAUACACCACACAACAUAAACACACAACACGACAUACAAUUAUAAAUAUAUAGAGACAUAUGUAAAAAAAAAAAAAAAAUUUUAACACACUGCGUGUGCACAACUCAGUGUCCUACGGUUCAUGACUUGGAUCAACACGCGGUGAUGAUGUAAAAUAAUGCCUUUUUCUUAUUCUCAGUUACUGUUAAAUGGUUGUAUUGAUAGUAUGUACACAUACAUGCAAGUAGAGGAAAAGAUGUUGAUGUUUGUCUUGAACCCAUUGCGCCACAUUGUGGCAACAACAAUAACAACAACAACAUUGAUUAUUUUUUUAAAAUAAAUCGUCUCGCGAAUAAGUGAAUCGCGAUACUUCACAAUGCUGACCGGGGCAGUCUUGGUGGAUCAAGUUGGAAAUGUUGAGAACACCUGUUACAACGCCUGUUUUUUCAAGCCGAUCUACCUGACUCGUGGCACACUCCCCUAUCGAUUCUAUUUGGUAGAUCUAUUCACGAAGUAGCGUUAUCCCAUACAUACAUAUUAUGUACGUGUAUAAUAAUUAUCUCGCGUGUUUGCUUCGUCGCGCAUUAGCUAUCACUUAAUUCAUUCGAAUAUGUCGAAAUAUGCUUUUUUGACGAUAGAAAUCUGUAUGAAGAUCAUUUUAAUUGUCCGUUUCUGCAAAUUAUCACGGGAAUGAUUAUGGAGAUCGAUUCCACUGGGCAUUAUCGAUAUUACAUCGCGGUAUUUUAAUUGUACAAAUGUUAAUUGAAUAAUUAUAAAUGAAAGUAUUUUAUUUUGGCACGCAAUCGACAAGUUUUUGCUUCUGUCGUGGAUAGAUUUGCGAAACCCCCUCCCCCCCGGCAAAAAUCAUUUAAAGAAUGUCAAAUCAGGUUUACUGGAAGUAGUAACGUUGCGCGUUUACAUCAUUUCUCUUUCGUCAAUUUUGCGGUAUUGAAUCACUGCUCUUUUGCGUUCGCGCGAAGUGUAUAAAAAAAAAAAAAGAAUACGAAAUAUGACAGGAAUUGUAAUACCGUAAUUAAUCUCCGUACAAGUUCGUUACCUCUUCUAGUGAUCAUGAUUUUUACUUAACCAAAUACUGCCAGUAUUUGUACCGGCGUAUUCACAAUAUUACCGAUAUAGACCAAAUUUAUUUAUGAUAAUAAUAUAUUAAGGGUUGAAUGUCUUAAAUUGAGGGAAGGUUAUUGUAAUAUAAGCGAAGUAAAUUUUUGUAAAGUCGGAGCGCACAGUUCCUUUUCCCUCCCGAACAACCAGGACGCUCGGAAAAGUCUAGGAAGGAAGUCAGGAAACAUUAUCGAGUCAAAGACACAACAAUCGAUUUGUUAUAGAUACGCCAUGCUUUACCUUGUCUGUAAUCCAGUGUUUUAAUGUUAUUCUAUUUCGCCGUUUUAUUUAUCUCUUAAAAUCUUACGACAAUAGGCAGUACAAAUUUUCGUCUGUUGCGUUUUAUCGCUAGGUAAGUCUACACUCGUAUUUCCUGACUUUGCCGUCUCUUGUAAUUACACAUUGAGAAAUUAUCCAGCGUUUCGUGAGUUUUCCUUGCGAGUUAAUUGUCCUUGUGCCUAAAUAUGUGAAUUUACUCCAACCUUUUACGUGGAUUAUUAUAAUACCGAAUUAGCACGAGUGAACUUUUACGGACACUGAAUGCCGAUUUUAGAAUCGUACACAUUCACGUAAUCGAACGUCAGUCAUACACCGCAGAAUGUUACGAAUCAUAGCGCAUCAUUUCCCGCCGAUUUUGCUUCGGAUGUUUCUGUGAAUUACACGAGAGAGACCGCUCUUGAUCGAAUUUACGAUUGUAAGAAUGGUCCGUCGAAAAGAACUCGUCGUUCGUAAGAAUGUUUUGAACUAUUCUACGCGAUAAAGCCCAAGUCCUAUGGAACUUAACUUUGUAUCAAAGUAAAUAGCUUCCAUACAAAUUACGGCGAUGCCUGACGAUAACAAGUUCUGAUAAUUAACGGGACCAUUCUCGUGCAAGCGGCAUUAAAGUAAAAUUUGCGAUGUAAGAAUAGUUUGCAAAUGUGUUUGGCAUGUCUUCUUGCAAUAAGGGUUCAGUUAUUUGAAAUUUUUUUUUGCAUUUGAAGGGUGGAUGUGCAGUGUCCCGAAAAAUCACAAUAAUUGGUGACAAUGUCUAAAAAAAAUCGUGAAAUUUCAGAAAUGUAACAAUGUUCCGAAAAGUCACAGUUUCGAAAUUUCAGAAGUGUAACAAUGUCUCGAAAGGUCUUAGAAUCUUAGAAUUAAGACAAUGUCCCAAAAAAUUAUAGAUAAAAAUGAACAUACCAAGAAAGUGUUUUUAAAUUCAAAACAUAUAUUAGAGGAAAGAUAUAUAAUAUAUUAAUAUUUUUCGUUCAAUGAUUUUUUUAAAAUAAAAUAAAGCUCUAUGUUCCAUAUUUUAUUCUGUACACUAAUAUUUUUUAUUAUAUUUCUUAAAUAUCAUAUGUAUAUAUGAUAAAUAAAAUAACAUAACGUAUGUAUAUCUAGAUUUUAGGUUGUUAGCUACAAGAGUUUAUAAUCUGUAUACAUGUAUUUCUUUUUAUAGCAAAAAUUGUAACGUAUUGAUGAAGUGAUAUAGUAAUUGUCUAGUAUUGUCUAGCAAUUGCAAAAUUUUUAAAUAAAUUAUCGAGACGAAGAAAUUAAUUUAAUUGAUUUUAGAAUUAUUCUCUGAGAUAUAUAUAGAUAUUUGUUUACUCAAACUUAAUUUAUAAUUUUUCGGGACAUUGUCUCAGUUCUAAGAUUUCGGGAUUAUGACUUUUCGGAUUAUGACAUUGUCACACUUCUUUCGGUAUUACAUUUUAUCUAGUAUGACAUUUAUGACCUUUUGGAACAUUGUCGUACUUCUCAGAUUUCGGAACGUUUUUUUUCUCCAAGACAUUGCAUAUCCACCAUCUCAAGGUUUCAUCUUUCGCAGUUAUCCGAUAGCAAUAUCGCGUAAUACCCCCGACGUUUAAUCUCAGUAUUUAAGGCAGUGUUAAAAGCGUCGAAAUGGAUGGGUUCAGUUCCUACAAUGAUAUGUUGUUUACCGGGCAUUUGGUGGCUGAAUGUGAAUAAUAGUAUCAUGUACAUUUGCUAUGCUGUAAAUUUGGAAUACAAUUAUUGUAGAAUAGAAAAUCUCAUAUAGAA